AUGAACAUCAAGAUAUUUCUACUUCUUUUUUCGUAUAUAAUCUUAACUAAUUCGAAUAGUAAUUUCUAUUCAAUAAAAGUUACAUUUGUAAAAGGAUCCUAUUUUCAACCACCCAUUGAUACACACCUUAUUGAUACAUUAAUCAAUAUUCCAUCGAUAAAAAAAUGUGCUUUUAUAUGUGAACGUCAUAAUAUUUGUCGUACAGCAGAUUAUAAUAUAACAACCAAAACCUGUCGUUUAUUUGAAACAGUUACAUCGGCAGGUGCAUUUGUAGCUGAUCCAACAACAAAUAUUCUUCCAUUCAAUUACUGUACUAAUGAUCAACAGAUUGAACCUUUUUAUGUUUGUACUCGAGGAAAUACAUACUCUAUGCAACAAAUAUUCGAUCAAUUGGCUUUAGCUCCUAACAUAACACUUGCAUCAACUGAUCGAGGUGCUUAUGCAAAUAUGUAUGGUGUUUAUACAAGUAAUUCAACUGGAGGUUUAUCAUUUUUUACUUAUACUGGUGUAAGAAAUAGUCUCAUUCAGCUUCAGAGUGAGAUUUCUAAUAUUAAUUCAGCAACUAAUAAUGGCCUUGGAAUUGUUCAAUAUUUUAAUAAUUCAUCCAGUAUUUACAAAAAUACUGGUACAUCAUUUCAACCGCAACUUGUUUCAAUACUUAAUAUUUCAUUAUCAUCUACGCCUUAUUCAUGUUUGAUAACAUUACAAUAUACCUAUAUAACUUAUGGAAGUAGUUUGGUACUUAUGACUAUUCAUGAUUUAUCAUCAGGAUCUAUGUUAUUCUCUAUACCAAGUACUAAUAAAACGUUUCGACCAGUUGUCAGUCAUUGGAAUGAUACGAUUAUUAUUCUUGAUCAAUAUGUAGCUACGGAAUAUACUUUAAAUGGUACUUAUAAAGGAAAUUGGACUUAUUUUAAUGGUACACAAAUAUCACAACGUCAUUGUAUUCAACAUGAUUAUGCAGGACAACGACAUACAUGCAAUUCUGGUAAUGGAACAUAUCCUGGUAUAUAUACAUUUUUAAUGAAUGGAACACAACUUGCUCAUGGACCAACAUUAUGUGCUAGAGCUAUUCAAGUUUAUAUCACAAAAGACCAGGCAAUGCUUAUCAACAUUCCGAGUACAGCAAUCAUGAACAUUAUUAACUUUUAA